AUGGAAGAUCAAUUGGAGAUAAUUCAAAAGUAUUUUGAUAAUCCUGAGAUUAAUUAGUCAAUAGAAGAUAUUUUAGAGCAGUACUUGAACAACGCUACAUGUGAAUUUACUGCUUAUUAAAAAAGUGUUUACCCAAUAUGCGCAGCUUUUUACAUGGUAUUAGAAAAUCGUGAAAAAGAAGCUGAAAGGCUCAGGAUUAAAUAAAAGAGUCCAUAGACACCUUAGCAAUAGGAAACAUAAUACUCUGCUAGUGGUAUUUAAGAUGAAAGCAUUAACAACAAGGAAAAUAUCAGACUUUAAUAAAAAGAUUAAAAGCUUACUGAGGAAGUUCAGUCGAAUUCUUCCUGCAGUUCGCCUAGUGAUAAACAAAAGGAAGAAAAUAAGGUAAAAAAGGUAACAAAUGUGAGCGUUAUUGAGCUCCGCAAUAAAUUUUACAGUAGGGGAUAAAUAGACUAGCUCUUGAAGACUAUGGCAGAGUUCUCUUAAGUUCUCAAAGAUAGAGAGUACUAUGAAGUCAUAUAAAGCAAAUUAGAGUCUAUCAAAAGAAAUCACAGCUUGUUUGUAAAAUUUACUCACGUUUUAGACUGCUUCUACACUGAAACAGAAUUAAUCUAAAAGCAUUAUAUGCAAAGAAUCAUUUGGCGCCUUUAUCUACUUUUGAAAGAAUAGCUACUUAAAUAGAAUUCAGAAGUUGAUAUUGAACAAUGCGUUUACCUUCUUCAUUUUAUUUGUUCAGAAGCCUUGAAAUACGCUGGAAAGACAGCUUAAUCUUUAAAUAACAACGUUGAUUAUUACACACAUAAUUCUGGAUUGCAUAACUCAGCUUAAUAGUCAUCAAAUCUGAAGUAGUAUGUAAACUUUUAAACUGUUUCUGAAUAGGUGAACGCAAUCCUCCUAAAGAGUAAGCUCGAAAUUCCAGUUAUGCAGGAACAAAGUGAGUUAUUCGUUUCUCUGUUGGUGAAUCUCUUUGAAAAGAUAUAUCAAUUAAAAUCCAAGGAAGAAAGCUCACAGCAAAACCAUCUUAACGAAAAUAAAAUGAACAGAAAUCUCAACAGUAGCAAUAGCAGCAGCAGUAGUAGUGACACUUCGUGUUUGACAGAAACCAAAGAAAAAGCAUAACAUUCAGCCAGCAAUAUAGAUGAGGAAAAAGAAAGCGAAUUAGCCAACACAGCCACUAAGAAUUCAUAAUAAAUUUCUAGUUAAAUAACAGAUACGAGUAACGCCUUGAUAGCAGAUUCAUUUUCUUCUUUGCAAUCAUUAGAAAAAUUAAGCAAGCUCUUAGAGAAAGAAAUUAAAAAGUAUCCCAUUAUUGAGGAGCAUGAAUUUUUAUAAAAGGAAGAAGAGUUUUUGUAAUCUAUUCAGACACCAAAAGCAAAGCAUAUUUCAAGUAUGCAUCUUCAGCAAGGUCCUCCUGGUGUUACUAAGGAUUAUCAAGAAAGCAAAUAUUAGAUAAGCAACUUAAACCAUACUAAUGCGAGCUAUUUUAAGAAAACACUCUUUAACAACGAUGAGUAAAAUCUCAGUCUAAAUUCUAAGCUUUCAGAUUUGGAAAGACCAUCUAGUCCAGUUGGCAAUCACGGACUUUAAUAAAAUUAAGCUUGCCUAUUAGCAGAUGCAGGAUAAAUUUAACACCCUCAUACACCAAAGACUCCUCAUGAUAUUUAUAAAAUGCCUUUCCAAAGGAGUCAUUAACCUUUGUUAAGCGCUCCUGCUAUCCAAAGUACUCCUUUGUCAAAUGCUUUGGACAAUUCAAAAUGGAUCAAUAUGUAUUCUAAGUCAGAUCCAAUAAAAAAAAUUGAGGAACUUAUGAAUAAAAUAAAUAAGGAAUAUAAAUCCUAAUUGUUGGAAGAAGCUUCUCAAAUUGCGCGUGAUGUAUAUUACUCUGUAAAAAAGAAAAACGAAGUUAGCGGCACAGAUGGAAUAGAAUAUAAAGUAUAAAAAGUUUUAAGCUUCUUCUAAAAUGUUCUGGAAAAGUUGAUAAGUGAUGAAGAAUAAAAGAAUUUCUAUAAAGAAAAUGUUCUCAUUUCUCUGCUUAAAAAUAAAAGUUUUAUUUUUUCUGUCUUAGCCAAUUGUAUUAUGACUCAUUGCUUUGUGAAAGACAUAAAGGGAGUUAAUCUAGAAAUGGUCAUAAAACAAAGCAAAAUUACUUCUCUUGAUUACUGGAGGGUCAUAUCAAAUUUUGCUAAGUUUGAUAGACACAUUCCUGAAUCCAUAAAGCAAUAACUUUUCAAUAUUGAAAAGCAAAUUCUCUUAUACAUUAUAUGGGAAGAAAAAGAAUGUUUAAUGCAAAACGCUCUAAAAAAAUUCUAAUAAGAUUUAAAUAAGGAUCAGCCAUAUGAACACACUAUUUGCAGGAGAUUAAUCUAUCAUUCAGCAACUAGAGUUAAGGAAAUCAGCAAAAUAUUAGAACUUGAUGAUAAAAUUUAAGAAAGAAUAUGGGAAGCUUUGUUAUAUGUUUAUCGCUCUUAACUUUAGCUCAUGAAUAGAAGAUAUGUUGACCAAAUUAUCAUUUGCUCGAUCUAUGCACUAAGUUUAAUUAGUGCUGAGUUAUUUGUAGGUAAAGAAAUUAAGUUCAAAGGAAUGCUUUCUGCAUGCGAAAAUCUCCUUCACUUCAACUCAGAAAAAGUAAAAAAGACUACUAAUGAUCAAGGAGAAAGUAUUGACAUUAUUAAUUUUUACAACUAAAUAUUUUUAAAACCCAUGAAACCAUACUUUAAAUCCUCAAAUAAUAAUCAUAUUGGUGUACAUGAAUAAGCAAAUACAAACUAAAUGCUUAAUGUUCCUCUCAGAUUAUCCGUACCUGCAAACUUUAUUAACUAUACACCAAUACUAAAAGAAGAUAUGAGAGUUACUUUGACUCCAAUGACACCGGUAACCUAAAAGCUUUAAGCAACUGAAAGCAUGGAGUCUCCUUUUGUUAACCAAUAUAAUUUCCUUAAUCGUAAUAAUGCUUUUAGAUAAUAAUAACAACAGUAAUUUUAAUAAAAUCCUAAAAAUAUGAUCAACAGAGUCAAUAUUUUAAAUAACUAACAAUCUGAAACCCCUAAAUAAGCUACUUAAACAUUGACCGUUUUGGGUUAAAGCUAUAUAUCUGUUCCAUCUGAAAACAUCAAUGGUACCUAAGAAAAAAAAAAUAGAGAUGGUUUAUAAGGGUCUAAGGUAUUUUAAAACUUUAAUAACUAAACUUUUGUAGGAGGAACCCCAACCUAAGAAUCUUCCGAUACAAACACUAGUCCUAAAUUUGGAACUGGAAACUCAUCUAAUUUUUUCAAUUAAAAUAAAAAAUUCCUAGAAGAUAAUAUCGAAGAACUAAAUAACUAAAAUGCUAAUCCUUAACAACUCAAAAGAUGUAAUAGCAUAUUCGGUCCAAAGACUCUAAAUUUAAAUAGUGAUGAAGAAGUCCCAAGUAAAUUAUCUAAAACAAAUAAUAAUUCCGAAAAAAGUACCGUAAAUACAGAAAAUAAAGCAGAAAAUUGA